AUGUCGGUGAGGACCGGGUCGGAGAACGACUCGGGCCCUGACGACUCUGCAAGUGAAUCCACUGGGUCUUCAAGCUCGCCCAUAGCUAUUGCAGGCUCCUCCAGACAUGGCAGUGCGCUCCUCCCCGACCCUCCAACUCCGUCUCCGCAACGCUGCACAGCAACUUCUCCCUACCGCACCCCACCGACCUCGUCCAGUCCCCCUCCGGCGAACCACGGGGACGGACCGUUCACGGGAUUGGUGUUUGGUGUUUUGCCCGACCAGUGGGAACCAGAAAUCUUGAUGGAGGCUCAACGCAUGAUUGUACUCGGUGGGGGCAAGGUGCGAAGGCCCGGUGCGCGCGUCCAACCUCCGCCGGAACUUUUGUUGCUGCCGCUCAUAUACGAGCAGCGCACACCGGGCGGUUCGCUCAUAACCCCGCUUCCAGCCGGCUGGAACAAUCUCAAGUUUGUCGUCACUCCCUGGAUCGUGUCCUGUCAUCAGCUUUGGCGACGGAUCGGCUAUGAGCGGCCUAUACUGCUAGGGUUGGAUCCGUCGAUCAUGAUGCCGUCUGGUCCUGCGGUCACGACCUCGACGACCGCGUUGGGUUACAGGCACUCGGCAGCAAACCUGAUGGAGGAAAUGAUGCGGUUACGAGAGAGGCACGCAGCGGAGGUCGCCGCUUUGCAUGAACAGCUCCAGCUCCAGCAAGUGGAGCUUGAUAAAAGGAGGACUUCGUCAGCGGCUCUGGCGGAGGAGAUAACAGAAAACCUGAAAGGGUUUCUCAGGGUGGAGCUUGAACGGCAAAUUCAGGCAACCGAUACCGAUAACUUUGGUCGAUACGCCGUCAAAAAACCUUCCUCGACUAAUGUCAAGAACGACAUUGACUCUCUUGAUCAGCUUUCCCUGCUGCCGCCGACCCCAGAAACAGCCGGGUGCUCUCGCCUCUCCAAAACGUGCGAGAACAGGAUGCCCCGGGCUCCAACUUCUGCCGACCCGAGCCCGACGUCACUGGAGGACAAGAGUGUGGCUCUGACUGCCGACAUCUCCGCUUUCUUCGCUCAAACAGAGAGCUGCUACCAAACCUCGUCAACCUCAUCAGUGGACCGCGCUGAGAGAACAUUGAGCGGCAUUCGACGCAUUCUCUUCCCGUCUCAGCCUUCGAAGAAGCGAGCAUCAGAGUCAGAAGAAUCCCCUCAGCCCAUCAAGAAGCUCAAGUCUCGUCCGUAUUGGUACCGUAUUUUCGGAUAG